AUGAUCAACAUCGUGCAGACCUUCCCUGGCCUCCUUGCGGCCGCCACAUGCACCCUGCUGGGCUUGGCACUGUUGUAUCUCCUGAACCUCAACCGCCUCCUCAGCAUCACCCCGGAUGAGGUCAAGAAGCUGGUAAGCAACCGAUGGACAGACCAACAGGUCAAGCAGACCUACGAGCGUCUGCACCACAACCCGAUCACCACGGCAUCCUACGCUUCGCAGCUGCCACCAAAGCUGGACAGGCGCUACAUUGUCACCGGCGGCUCAGGCUUGGUGGGAGGCUACAUUGUCCUGCAGCUACUUGAGCGCGGUCAGCAGCCCAACACCAUCCGCAUCGUCGACUUCCAGCAACCACAUCGGAGGGACCAGCUCGACCACCCGCUCUUCGAAAAGGUUGACUUCCAGAAGACAGACAUCUCAUCUGUCGAGUCCACCGAUGCUGCCUUCAGCAGACCUUGGGACCCGUCCGUGUCCAAGCUGCCCCUGACAGUCUUCCACACCGCGGCCGUCAUCAUCCCAUCUGCCCGGUCAAAGCUCGUCAACGGAUUCUGCGAGGCCGUGAACGUCGGCGGCACCGAGAAUGUUAUCGCUGCUGCCCGUCGCGCUGGGGCCGAUGUGCUCGUUAGCACCUCGAGCGCGUCCAUCAGCAUCCGGCCCGUGGAGCUGUGGGUGAAGCCGUGGCGGUGGAACAGCUGCCCACGUGGUUACUGCCAGGUCCUGGAGGAGUCUGACUUCUUCCAGCCUCUUCGCAGGCACGAGGAAUUCUUUGGCAACUACCCUGCUUCCAAGGCCAGGGCGGAGAGGAUUGUGUGCGGUGCAAAUAGCAGCGAGUUGAGGACAGGCUGCAUCCGCCCGGCCAAUGGAGUCUAUGGUCACCCGACCGACAAUACUGUCGGCGGUCCGUUGAAUAGCCAGAUCACUCCGACCUGGGCCAAACACGUCGUCCAGAGCUUCGUCCAUGGCAUCAACUGCGCAUUGGCACACCUGCAAUUUGAGUCCAUCCUCGCCGAAUUGGGCUCUCACACGGCACUCCAGGCCGGCCGCCCAUUCUGCAUCACAGAUCCCAACCCGCCCAUCUACUACGGCGAUCUGUAUGCCUUGCUGUCCAAGCUGGCCAUCACGCCCUUCAAGCUAGUCGCCAUCCCUCCGAUGCCGUUCGUAUUACUCUCGUACCUGAUCGAGUUCUACACGCUCCUGCCCUACCGGCUGCCCAGUAGCCUGGCGCGAUUCGUCCCUCCGCUGUCUGGGGACGUCAAACACCUGCAGCCCGGCCUGUUCUCCAUCUGCACGCACCUGGUUGCGGACAAUGCAGAUGCCGGGAAGCCUGUUGGCGACGGCGGGCUGGCCUACCGGGGCGUGCUAACGACGCUCGAGGGUAUGUGCCAAGAGCUCGUGGACUGGAACCAGGAGCAGGAGGAGCAUGCGAAGGAGGCAGCGCUUGUAGCAGAUGGGAAGGCAGGCGUGAGAUAUUUCCAUAGUAGCGUGUCGCUGGCCGAGCAGAUGCAGAACGUGGGCCUCGUGGGCAAGAAUAUAAAGCUGUGA